AUGACUCUCUACUACAGCAUCGUCUUUGCGCUGCUGUGCUUCGAGAUGGCCAUGUUCAUGGUCCUCAUUGUGCCCCUUCCUUUCACCUGGAAGCGAAAGCUGUUCCACUUCCUCGCGACCAACCCCAUCGUGGCCAAGGUCCAGUACGGUCUCAAGAUCACCUUCAUCUUCGUCGCGGUCCUCUUCGUCGACGCCGUCCAGCGGAUGUACAAGGUCAUGACCGAGGGCGAGACGGCAAAGGACCACCGCGGUGUCCAGGACGUCCGUACUGAGACCAACUACGCCGCUCGCAAGUUCUACAGCCAGAGGAACAUGUACCUCACCGGCUUCACCCUCUUCCUCAGCCUCAUCCUCUCGCGAACCUACUCGCUCAUCCUCGACCUGAUCAACACCCAGGAGGAGCUCGUCGCUCUCAAGAAGGGCGGCAAGGCUUCGGGCGCCAGCGGCUCGGACAUUGAGAAGAAGUACCAGACCGAGAUUGACACGCUCAAGAAGCAAACCAAGCAGCAGCAGGAGGAGUACAACAGGCUGAGCGAUGAGCUGGCCAAGGCCACUGGCAACGUCUCGACCAAGAAGGACUAA